UUUGGGUCUCUUCUACUGGGUGUUUCUUCUUCCACUUUCUUCUCCUUGAGUGCAGUGAUCCCAUGAGACCAGAGGGGAACUCGCUAGAUCUCAACAACUUGCCCCCGGAGGAACAACACGGCAAGCAACCGCUAGAGGAAAGCUCCAUGAGUAGUGCUGCUUCCGCCGACUCUGCUCGGUUGAAGAAGAAGAAGAAGAGUGUAGGAAAGGGUGAUAAUUCUGGGAAGGUGUAUGAAUGCCGAUUCUGCUCCCUAAAGUUCAGCAAAUCUCAAGCACUUGGCGGGCACAUGAACCGACAUCGCCAAGAGAGGGAGACGGAGACUCUCAAUCGUGCUCGUCAACUGGUGUUCAGCAGCGAAGCUCUCGCCCGUCCUGGUGCUAUCGGAUUGAGAGAUCUAAAUGUUGGAGGCUUCCAUCAAUACGGAGACCCAUGUCUACAAUUCCGACCGGUCUAUCAAGGGCUCCCAACACAGCAGCCGAACCCACCGCCAAUGCAACAGCAACUCUACCGGCCUCCUCGUCCUUCCACCGGCAACUACUACAUCGGCCAUGUCGUCUCAGGAAGUCCCCAUUGUCAGCGGCAUCAUCAUCCCAGCUAUGGAGCUCCUCUUUCUCGUGGUCGAGCAGAUCAUGAGAAGAACUGGGGCUGUGCUCACGGCCAUGUCCAGCAUAUGAGCCGUAAUCUUCGCAGUUAGGUGCAAUAAGGCAGAUGAGAAGAUAGCUGAACUCCAAUUUGGGCAGCUUACAAUGUGAUGCAUGCAGAUGUUGGGACAAUAGGAGAAAAAGCCUAGAGAAUGGCGACUAUGUGCCCUUAGAUUUCCGAGCGUGAGCUGUCAAAGCUAAUGCUCUUAGAGUUCUGCAUGCUACCAAACACUGUAAUCAGUGACUUGAUGCAGAAAG